GCGGAUGACUCAAUUCGAAACCAUGUCCGUUAUACAAAGGUCCCCCAUAAGAACGCCCCAUUCGCUACGGCGGAAAACUUUCGUCACCCAUUUACAAUUACAACCAACUCCGUCCCUCAGUUCCACUCUCAAAAUGCCUGCGACCAAGCGCCAACUUUCACUAACUGAUUUUGGGAAGAAAAAAUCGAGGAAGAAUGAAGGAGAGCAUGCCGAGAGGGGCGAAGAAGAGGGAACGUCAUCCAAUACUUCAAUCUCUAUCUGUGAGCUUCCUGGAAAGGUGGCCACACGAGAAGCAGCAGCGGCUAUAGAUGCCAAUUUGCCUUUAGAGAAGUUACUAAUUGCCACGAAAGAGAUGCGCCCCGUUCCUCCCAGAGAAUGCGUAGUUUAUUGGAUGCGAAUGGAGGAUAUGCGAAUCGAGGACAACCGAGCGUUGACUCUUGCAUCCCAAUAUGCUCAGAAGCAUUCUAUUCCUCUUAUCGUGUUGUUCAUUAUCAGUUCCGGCGACUACGAGUCUCACGACCGCUCCCCCCGUCGCAUUGAUUUUAUGCUGCGUAACUUGAGGAUCCUCAAGACUAAUUUGGAGGAUAUGAACAUCCCACUCUACGUCACCAGCCACCAACCACGCAAGCAGAUACCCAACCGCGUCAUAUCUCUGCUUCAUGAGUGGAAAGGGGGCCAUUUGUUCGCUAACAUUGAAUACGAAGUUGACGAGCUACGCCGAGAUAUAGCUGUCACCGCUCUCUCUGGAGACGGCAUUGGUAUUGAGGCCAAGUUUGUCCCGGACAAGCUCAUUGUUGAACCAUUGAGCUUCUCCACUAAUUCAGGGACUCAAUAUGCCGUCUAUAGCCCCUGGCUUAAAAAGUGGACCGAGAAAGUCAGGAGCAAACCAGGACUUGUGGAAGAGAGCGAGGCGUUGAAACCGAAUGAUCCUUCCAUCAGGAAAAAACGUGAAUUUGCUGCACUCUUCGACAGUGAAGUCCCGGAGUUGGUGCCCGGCUUCGAAUGUCACGAUCAAGAGAAAAUGAAGGAGCUAUGGCCUGCCGGUAUUCAUGCGGCUCGUGCUAUAUUUGAUAGAUUCCUCCGCACCGAAGCUAGGGAGAGCCAAGUCGGUGAUUCAUCGCCUUUAGCUGAUGGUGCCAAUGAAUCAAGCAAGGGCACUCGUAUCCAAAUGUAUGGGGGUGACCGAGCUCGCUGCGACAUCGAUAGCAGCUCACGUAUGAGCCCGUACCUUGCCUCCGGGGUGAUUUCAGCUCGGGAAAUUGUCCGCAGAACCAUGGAAUUUGACUCCCAGGAUAAAGGUAUCGAUCCAGAUCGGAACAAAGGUCCUGGAUCAUUCCUUUCGGAGGUUGCAUGGAGGGACUUUUACACUCACGUUCUCGCUGCAUUUCCCCGGGUUUCGAUGGGAAGGCCAUUCAACGAGAAGUUUUCCAACGUCGUUUGGGAGACAGAUGGAAAUCACUUUGAAAAAUGGUGCAGGGGUCAGACGGGUGUGCCGAUUGUGGACGCAGCCAUGAGGCAGGGUGCUACUCAAGGCUGGAUGCACAACCGAGCACGAAUGAUCGCUGCGAUGUAUCUCUCCAAGGAUUUGAUGAUUGACUGGCGACUUGGCGAAAAGCAUUUCAUGCGUACUUUCAUCGAUGGUGAUCUUGCCAGUAAUAACGGGGGUUGGCAGUGGUCAGCAUCAACAGGAACGGACCCUCAGCCAUACUUCCGUGUGUUUAACCCGUAUACCCAGAGUGAAAAGGCAGACCCAACUGGCAAUUAUAUUCGACAUUUCGUUCCAGAAUUAAAACAUCUCAAAGGAAAAGCACUUUAUAACCCAUACCAGAAUUUGGAUAAGAACACCUUCAAGAAGCUGGGGUACCCCGCGCCCUUGGUGGAGCAUGCUGAAGCGCGGAAACGGGCUGUACAGCGCUAUGCCAAUCCUGGCCAGAAAUGACGGGGAGUUUAUUGCCGCACUUUUAGCAUGACCAUGUAAUCAUCGUAAACAGACCGUUCUGACGUACUUAAGCAUCUUGUUUCAACCGCUGUUGAUAAGCUGACCAUCCUUCGGUGCGGUACCUUCUGCCUGUUGGACAAUCUCCUUAGUAGGGUAGCCUUCUCCUUUCCCAUAAAUGCCUCUCCCGACAAUAAUCACGUCAGCACCUGCAGCGAUGACUUCUUGUGGCGUCCUGUAUUGCUGACCAAGAGCAUCUCCUU